UAGAAAAGGACUAGUAGUAAGCAACUGAGAAUGACAAUCCUCCGGCCAUCAAUAACCAAAUCAGUUUCAGCAUCUUCAAGAAAAUCCCAUUUCACCAAAAUUUUCCAUUAAAGAUAUCUAAAAAAAAAAAAAAAAAAGUUUGUAUCCCUCUCUUAUAUUCUCAUUCUACUCUUAUUUCUCGUCUCGUAAAUUUCCCUCUCACCAUUCUUCUGUAUUGUCAUGCAGCAGCCUUCGCACCGCCGAAAAUUCACACCAGUUUUCUCCACCGUAUCAUUCUCCAUGAAGCCCGCCACCGGAGGCCUCAAGGGUAGUAAUCUCUCUAUUUUCGUCUUGGCUGUUUCGAUUUUCUUGUUCGGUUGUUUCAUGUACAACGACGACGUGAAAUCCAUUGCUGAGUUCCCUUUUUCUAGGCCUAAGGUAGCCGGCCAAGAAAUUCAAGAAGAGCCCUCCAAGAAUGUUGGUGAUCGGACCACUGUUUCAGUUGUUCUAAAUGCAAGAACUGUAGUGGAGACGGAGAUAGAAACUUCCGAUUCUGAUCAUGAUCAGAAACAAGAAUCUUUGAGCUGGAAAGAUGAAAAAGGAAAAGAAGAAGAAGAACAGAAAAUUAAAUUGCCAGUUGAUGACGACGACACCGUCGAUGAAGAGGAGGAAGAGGAGGAGGAAAUUGAAUUGCCUCCUGAAGAUUGUGAUUUGUUUACGGGGCAAUGGGUUUUUGAUAAUGUCACACACCCAUUGUAUAAAGAAGAUGAAUGUGAAUUUCUUACAGCCCAGGUGACUUGUAUGAGGAAUGGAAGGAAGGAUUCUUUGUAUCAGAAUUGGAGGUGGCAGCCCAGAGAUUGUUCUCUGCCCAAAUUUAGGCCAAGAUUGUUGCUUGAAAAACUGAGGAACAAGAGGCUCAUGUUUGUUGGGGACUCCUUGAAUCGGAACCAAUGGGAAUCAAUGAUUUGUUUCGUCCAAUCCGUUGUCCCUCCAGAACGAAAGAGCUUGAACAAGUCUGGCUCUUUAUCUGUUUUCCGAGUCGAGGAUUAUAAUGCUACAGUAGAGUUUUACUGGGCUCCAUUUUUGGUAGAGUCAAAUUCAGAUGAUCCCAAUAUGCACAGCAUUUUGAACCGGAUCAUUAUGCCUGAAUCAAUCAAAAAGCAUGGCAAGAAUUGGAAAAAUGUUGACUAUCUCAUUUUCAAUACAUAUAUAUGGUGGAUGAACACUUUCUCAAUGAAAGUUCUGCGAGGGUCAUUCGAUGAAGGGUCGACAGAGUAUGAUGAAAUUGAAAGGCCUGUGGCCUAUGAGAGAGUUUUGAGGACCUGGUCUAAGUGGGUAGAUAAGAACAUAAAUCCUAAUAGAACUCAAGUUUUCUUCAUGAGCAUGUCUCCUCUUCACAUCAAAAGCUUGGACUGGGAAAAUCCACAUGGCAUAAAAUGUGCUUUAGAAACAACCCCAAUUCUCAACACCUCGAUGCCACUGAAUGUGGGCACAGACCGCAGGCUAUUUAGAGUUGCAGUAAAUAUUACCAAAUCAAUGAAAGUGCCUGUCUAUUUCCUCAACAUAACCACCCUUUCCGAGUAUCGGAAAGAUGCACACACCUCAGUUCACACCAUUCGCCAAGGCAAGAUGCUGACCCCCGAACAGCAAGCUGAUCCAGCAACAUUCGCAGAUUGCAUCCAUUGGUGCUUACCAGGUUUGCCCGACAUAUGGAACGAGUUCCUCUAUACACGUAUUAUAUUGCGUUCUUGACCCUCUCUAGGUCUGGAUGAAUUCUUAGACAUGUGAUCUGUUUGUUUAAUAUGUCCUGGUGUCUAACAUGUCACCUAAGAUUUUGAUUGUCUGUUGGUACAGCAUUCCUAUGAGCUCAAAAUUUGUUAGUCUUUACAUGUAAUUUCUCCAACUUUGUUGGGCUUCCUGUUUGAUGAUUAGUAGUUUCAUUCAGCCCAUGUAAAUCCAAGUUCGUUGAGACCUCAAUUGUACCCUCGAAAAUUUUUGAAAAAUAUGUUUACCCUCGGAAAA